AGGAGGCGGCCGCGGCGCUGCGCGUCACCUGCGGCUGCAGGGACAGCAGGUGCCCGGCUGCACGCCCGGGAAGGAGAGGCGGCGGAGCAGGGGCAUCCUCGGAGCCCAGCGGAGGGAGAGGGCGGCCGGGAGCCGGGAGCGCUGCUCCCGCCCCCGCAGCGGGCACUUCCUGGGCGGGCGUCCGCUGCCAGAGCUUUGGGAAGCCGUGCUUCGGCCGCGGGCACUUGUUGCCGAAGGACGGCGUCAGCUUUUGGAAUGAGGAAGGAGGAGCCAAAUCUUCCUUCCAGCUCACCGGUGCUGUGGAUUGUUACACGUCUCGUUUCAGUGUGGUUGUUGGCCUCCUAUGCCGAAGAACCUUACUUUGAUGUGUCUCACCUUCAGGAGAUGGCCUCUUCCAAGUCUUUGAUGAACCUUCUAACCUUCACUUUUGGCUCAGCAAUAGGAUUUUUUGUCUGCUAUCUUCUGUUUAGCAUUAUACUAGAAGAACAGGUUAAGAUCCAGCCUCACGUUCUUCACAAUGAUCCACAUGGUCAACACUCAGCAGAUACUGACAACAAUCAGCUGCAAGGACAAAUGAAUUUCAAUGCAGAUGCUGGACAGCAUAAAGAUGAGGAUAAAAAUAUUGCAGAAGGACUGUAUCACAAGGUGAAAAUACUGUGUUGGGUCAUGACUGGACCUCAAAAUCUAGAAAAGAAAGCCAAGCAUGUUAAGGCCACUUGGGCCCAACGCUGUAAUAAAGUACUUUUUAUGAGCUCUGAGGAAAAUAAAGACUUCCCAGCUGUGGGCCUAGAAACCAAAGAAGGCAGGGACCAACUUUACUGGAAGACUAUUAAAGCUUUUCAAUAUGUAUAUGACCAUUAUUUUGAUGAUGCUGAUUGGUUUAUGAAAGCAGAUGAUGAUACAUAUGUUAUAUUGGACAAUUUGAGAUGGCUUCUCUCAAAAUACAGUCCUGAACAACCAAUAUACUUUGGAAGAAGGUUUAAGCCGUAUGUGAAACAGGGCUACAUGAGUGGAGGAGCAGGAUAUGUUCUGAGCAAAGAAGCUCUGAAGAGAUUUGUUGCUGCAUUUAAAACGAACAAAUGCACUCACAGUUCCUCUAUUGAAGAUCUGGCACUAGGAAAAUGCAUGGAGAUCAUCAAUGUGGAAGCAGGAGAUUCUAGGGAUACAAGGGGUAGAGAAACCUUUCAUCCAUUCGUUCCAGAGCAUCACUUAAUCAGAGGAUACCUACCAAAAACCUUCUGGUACUGGAAUUACAAUUACUAUCCUGCUGUAGAGGGUCCUGGAUGCUGCUCUGAUCUAGCAGUUUCAUUCCACUAUGUUGACUCUGUGACUAUGUAUCAUUUGGAAUAUUUGAUUUAUCAUCUUCGUCCGUAUGGGUAUUUGUAUAGGUACAAUCCUGAUUCAUCAAAGAAUCCAGAAGAGCAGAGCAAAAAUGAAGCACUGGAGAAUAAUCAAAAACUAAAGCAAAAAACUUCUGACAGCUAAAUGGACUUGCAAAAAACCAAAAAGAAGCCAGUACAAUGAGUAAGAGUCUCCUCAAACUUGUGCAUGAAGCUUGUGGACUGAAAUUACUCCUGGCGAUUCUUUAUUGCAAAAAUCAAGUUGGCAGCACUUCUUGUCACCGUGUGUACAAUAGAGUCUGGUGCUGGCUCUGACUACUUGGGAUAGUGUGACCUUGCAGCCCUGCCCACAAAGAUUUGGGGCCCUAAAGCUGUGAAACUGGAGGUUGCUCUGGUACAAUAAUAUUUGGGAGAAUUUGUAUGAAAACCAUUGUGGACAGGUUCACAGAUGAUUGUACCCUCUUUCUGUUCCUUUUUUUGUUCUCCUUGAUUUCCUUUCCAUUAAGUCAGUUCUAAUAUUAGAAAUUGGAUGCUGCCCAGUCAAGCACAUCACAACGGCUUUCUGAAUUAUUGUCAACAUCUUGAAGUUACUUUGUGUACCUUGCCCUAAAAGUAAGGCAGAGAGGCAAAAUUAGAUUCUCCAAUCUGCUUUGCCUUAACAACAGAGUGGCAGAAUUUCACCCACAAGAUUAAUAUGAAUUGUUUGAGAAACAGAAUUCACUGCUAUGAAUUACUUAUAAUGUUUUAAAUUCUGUUGUGCAAAACAAUAUGAAGUUUUUGGGGAGGAAUACUCUUCUGGAGAGAAACCAGACACAGCUACUGUUGUUUAAAUUGCUGAGGUGAUGCAAGCUGCUUACAUAUUUGCCUGUGGCUUUUUUUUUUUUCAGUUUUAUUAACUUAUCCUUUUGGUUGAAUGGAUAUAAAAAUCCCUCGUAGCAUUUCUCAGCCUAAGGUAGAUGCUUUUGAAAAUAGAUGUCUGUCUUCUAUUCUUUCAUCCCACCUGCCACAUAAACCAGGAAGAAUAGUAUCUUAGUGAAGUUGCAUUGUAACAACUUGGUUUCAGCCACUAUUAUAAUUACUUUGUUUCCAUUUUAAUUUUCACUAGAGGUUAAAAUUCUCAGAUACAGAAAUGUCCUAUUUUAAAACUACACCAAAGCCAGUUUUUUUGGUUGAAGUAUUUAAUUUCAUUUUUCUGAACAUUUUUUCUUCCACUUAAAAAGAUGUUUUCUGUAUCUGCUUCUUGUUACCUUUUUCAGCACAAAGUGUUAAAUGAUCCUUUUUUCACUGUUUUUGAAGCUGAAGGGUGUAGUUAUUCAGGUAAGCAAGCUGGAAUGCAGGAAUCUUUAAAAGUGCAUUAAUUUCCUCCACCACUUCAUAAGUAUCUCUGCCUUUUAACUGGAAACACUUUCUUGGUGUGGGACAAAAUAGGUGUUUUAAUUACUGAUGUUUUUGCAGAGGUCAAAUGUAUGUUUUAUAGAGUUAAUAUAAAACUUUCUGGUUUUCUCCUUUUCAAACUGAGCGAAUAGCAGUAUGAGGAAUGGGAUUAAGUGUGACAUGUAGUGUUUUAUUCCACACGUGAACAGAAGUUUCUUCAUCUUUUUGUUGUUUUUCACUUUCAUCAUAUUGAUGAAUUUGGACAUAACAUAAUUACCUCCAGUAUUUGUUUUGAAAAGGGCACAUAGUGGUAGCAGACAGCCUUAUUUACUACUGCUGGUCCUUCAGGAUGUUCCUGGAAGAUGAUGUUACCAUAAAGUACUGGAAUUUUUUCUUUUCCCAAAGGUAGUUCUAGUACGGAUUGGAGUUCUUUCUGUUGUCCAAAAGUAAAGUCAUUACUUUCUUUCUGACCAUUGCUCUGCAGCAUGAUGGUAAUUACUGAAACAGCUCAUGGUGUUGAAAUGCUGCAUUCAUCUUCUCUGCCUGAAUGUAGGCCAAGUUCAUCUAUCAAGUAUUGCUUAAGUAGUUCCUGAAGGGUUAAAUCUCUUGGUCUUUUAUGAGCAGCACUGCUUCUGAAGUACUGAUAGGACAUGAGCUUUAUUUUAUGUCAAUUGACUUAAGUAGAACAUUAUAACUACAUUGGUUUAAGAAAGGAAAAAGUCUCCAGUUUGCUGUACUCAGAGGGAUGCUUGUCCAGAGGACAGUGGAUGUUAACAUGCUGAAAAGUGCUUCCUUCUGUGAGCUAAAUGUUUAUCCCACAUGCAGCACAAACCAAUCUCAUUGUGAAAUCCAUAUGGAAUUGAUAACUCCAAUGACAUUGUUCAAACAAGCAGUUAAAAUAUUCAGGAAUACUUAAAGAAGUUACAAAAGGAAAUUGAGAUCCCAACCUAAUCUCUUUGUAAAUUCAGCCCAUGUAAAAGAUCUGUUGAGCUACUGUACAGUUCCUUUAUUUCUGCUUUCUUCUUCAGUUCACCCAUGGGGAUUUGAAGAUUUUCUACCGUAACAGGCAGAACUAAUCCUGCAUAUUUUCUGCAGAUUUGUGUCAUAUGUUUGCCCUGUGCUGUCCUGUGAAGCAUUUCCACUUCAUGUUACUUACUGUCCUGACUAUCCUGUCUCUGGCUUUCCAGUUUCAUCCAGCAUAGUCUCAGGUGGACAGGAGGAAGCAGGAUAUUUGAGCUCCACACAGGUUUUUUGCUGGGAUAACCAGGUAAACCAGCCACUGCUGAGCUCAGGGUGAAGCCUUUUCUCAGCAGCAGUUCUAGUUCUUAUCUGCUGCCCAGCUGAGGCUUGUGGGUUUAGCAGAGCAGGGUGGGAAUAUCCCCUUCCACAAAGAGUGCAGGACUGCAGAGAGACUGGAAAAGUAAAGGAGCAAGUUCCCUUUCUGAAGGGAAUAAGGCUAAGGACAUAGUACCUUGUCACUGUAGGACAUGAAAAAACGCUACGCAAACACGCUGCUGUUCUCAAGGUAAAAAGGGGAAGUUUAUUUUCUGACUCCAACAUUUAUAGAUUUCCAAAGGUGAUAGUGGCUUGGUGGGUGAAAGUGCCACCUCUCCAAUGACACUGGACAAACUAACAGUCCAUCAAAUUUCUCCUCCUCCAUAAAAGAAUGCAAAACAGUAAGUUAUUUGCAGAAAGUAUGUGACAAAGUUUGCUAUAAGAAUUUAAACAUCAGAAGGCUUAGAAAAUCUUAAAAAAACCAAGACAACACUACCUUGUGAUAAAUGGGUGGCCUGUCUGGAGAAAUAAGUAGCCUUUUCUUCAAACGUCAGUUUUUGUUUUAAAGUGUCCUUGUUGCAUAGGCCUCUGAAUCUCUUUCUUUUGCCUUUAUAACAGCACUACGAAGAAUUAUCCUUCUUUCCAGACAAGCUAGAAAAGUAUCAAGUUUUACAUUCUGUGAUUAUAACAGAGACCUGUUGUUCUCUGUUGAAUUGUAUUGCCAUAACCAUGAGCUGAUACCUCUGAAAUAAUUGGUUUCUAUCUCACUGCCUUCAGAAGCCUCAGUGGACAAGGUUGGAAUGUGAACAGUAUAAUUUUCACAUACAAUAUUACACUAAUAAUAGUAGUCUGCUGUUUCACUCUCAGGUCUUUGUGCUUUGAGAAAGCAUUUAUUGAGUUUGAGAAUUUUUGCAGCCCAAGGAGACUGUAUUUCAGAUGGAAAGACUUCCUGAGGCACAGCAACAUGGGCUUACUUAGCCAUGCAGAUUAUUUCUCUGUGGUUUGGUUUCUAAAAGAGGUUUCUUAAUUUUAUAAAACCUAAAAGCUUUCAUUGGCACCAUAGUGAUUUAAAUUACCCAUCUAAAAAUUUUGAACUAUUUUCUUGAAAUUACUAGGCAGUGGAUGUGGAAGUGUCCCCAUGCGUGACAGAGUAACAUUUUAACCUUGUGGUUAAAUGUGGUUUCACUUCAGAAAGAUUGACAAUGGCAAGAAGUUAUUUUUUGAUCACUGGUCUUAAUCAGAGGAGAGUAUUAGUGUUUGUUUACAGAGGAGAGUAUUAAUCUUUGUUUGCAGAAAAAGACCAAUUUCUUCUUUCACUCCCAAUUAAUUUUUGCAGUCUGUGUUAUUUAAGAGGUUACAUGCUGGUGAUGUUUAUACCAUCGCAUUUUGUGGAAGUUCUUUUCACAGUACUUUUGCCUUUAAGGACACUUUCUUUGCUUUGCUUUUGUGGGGUGUAUAUUAAAAAUCGCUUUUUCUUCAGCUGUUACCAUUUGAUCUGUCACACUUGCAGAAGUAUAAAUGUCAGUAUUUGAGUAGCUGAUAGACCUCUUAUAAAUGCUUUGUUAUCUGAGCAGGGUGUUUUGUCUUUGUAUGACAGAAAAGUGUGGGUUAUUUCUCUGCUGUACCUGUUACUGAUGCUGAUAGUGCACGCACAGAUAAAAAUAGACCCCUCAAUAAGAACCACUGGGAAAGGAAGUUUUUGUUCUUUUUCUGUCAAGAAAUCGUCUGUGGAACUCCAAAAAGUGUAAUUUGCUUUGUUUUACCAUAUUGUAUUUAAAAUACUCCACAAAUGUUAUUAAUAGUCUAAAAGAAUUAAAUAUUGCUGCUGGACAGUAUGCUCCACUCAAAACCUGUGAAUGUUUCACUUUGCAAUUAUAGGUAGUUGUGUUCCUAAUGGCAGAUAAAAGUUGGUGAUUUGUCUGGAAUGGUCACUGUAAGGAUUUGUUUCUUAAAUACCUUCUUUGAAGUGCCUUUGACCAAUUUUUAGCAUCAAAAUUAAGUUGAGAAUUGAAUAAAUAAAAUAAGUUAUCUCAU